AGGAAGCAGCCAGCGAAAAAAAAAAUACACACGGAAAGCAUAUCGAUAACAGAACAGACAUAUAUAUUAUAAACGGAAGCCAGAGGCAGCCUUCUACGAUUAGCAGGAUUUUUUAUUUAGAUUACGUACGUACGUUAAAAAUCUUCUUAAUUACUAAAUGCUACUUAUGGACGGAGAGAAGAAGAGGAAGAGAACGGAGAAAGAGGUAGAAAGUGCAGCGAAGGCGGUAGAGGAGAUCAAGGAGGAGACAAUAGUGUUGCCGUCGCCAUCAGAGGCGGAAGUAAACGAAUUCUUCGCAAUCCUGCGGAGGAUGCACGUGGCGGUUAAGUAUCUACAGAGAAAUGCUCAAGUUCUGCCGGAAAACGUUAACGUUCACAGCAGCCAGUUAACUGCACCAACGGCCGGUGCUAACGGCGUUGUAGAUGGACAGAAGAGAGCACAUGGAAUUGUGAGAAAAGGUGUUUUAUUGGACCUCAACAGUAUGCCUGAUGGUGGAGAGUAACGGCGUUUAAGCAUAGGUUACGGAAAGCCAUGCUUAAUUUGUGUAUUUUUAUCGAGAAUGAUCUGCUGUACAGGUUAAUUUAAGCAUUUAGUUUAAUAAAUUAGAGAUGAACUAAUAAUGGAGCGGUUUCUUCUGUGUGAUUUACUUUAAUAAAUUUAAUUUGUUUCAUCAUUA